UCGACGGUUUGAGAACAGCCGUCAUCGACUUUGAGUCUUCUUCUUCACUGCAAUAAAAAAAAAAGUAUGAACGCUAUGCCUGAUGGAAAUGAAUCAACGAGAGACGUUAAAACUUUAAUCUCAUUUUACUCCAACUAUCUAUGGAAUCAACUCUCCACUUUGUUUCCUUCUUCGCCUUCCAAUUUUCUCGAGAAAAUCUCAAAUUUGUCUCGCCAAACCGCUCUUCCUAUCUCAACAAAACGUAGGGCUGGUCUUCCUCUCCCAUUGCCUGCCAACUUAUUCAACUCCACUCCGAUCAAGCCAGAAGCAUCCAGAGUUUAUGAAGUUCUAAAUGAUAUAAUGGAUCGCUCCAUUUUAAAUUUGCAUAAAAUUCAAAAUAAUUUGCAAUUUUGGCAGUCUAGAGCUGAGGGAUCUAAUGCUAGGAAAGCUUACUUCAUGAUUUUUGAGAGAGGGCCACGAGCUUUUGUUAAUGGAACGGUUCAACUCAUGCGUGAAAGUGUUACUAACGGUUUGGCAAUGCAUCAUCUUUCUCAAUCUGCUUCUGCCUAUAUCUCUGAAAGAAUAGCUGUCUUAUCUGCCUUAAAGUGUUCGCUUGCUAUUUUUUUGGCUGAGUUUUAUGUGGAAAUUGACAAAUGUGGAGAGGAGUUAGUACAAGAUCCAAAGAAAUCAUUUUCCUCACUAAUGGUCAUUCUUAGUGGUUUAUUUUCUAAGUUGGAGGCAUCAAUUGGACAUUUUCAUGCACAGCAUCAGAGCAAUUUAUCUGUUCAUGGAACCUAUUCAUUUCCCCUACAAUUUGAGAAAUUACCAGAAAUCAAUCAAGAAGAGUCUCAAUGGACAGAUCGUGAAAUUAUUGAUGCUAUCAACUUGGUUUAUAAGAAUCUACAAGAACUGGACUUUUUUUUAGCUCUAAUGGUAGCUAAACAUAAAAAACCAAGAAAAGUAACUCGCUAUUGGAUCCGGUAUACAUGUGGUGUAGUUGGCCUUUCAGUUUGUUCUUUCUGGCUCCUACAGCAUAGUCGUCUUAUGGGAAGUUCUGACAUUGACAAUUGGAUUCGUGAAGCAAGGGAGUCUACAGUUAGCUUCUUUAAUGACCAUGUUGAGCAACCGCUUCUGUCAAUAAGAGAUGAACUUUUGGAUACAUUCAAGAAGAGGCAGAAAGGUGUAAUGGAUAUGGAGGAAGUGCAUUUGACUUCUAAUUCUCUCCACAUGUUAAAUUUUCUUCCUAUCGUUUAUUGA